AUGGACACCACUUCACAGGAGAGUGCCAGUACUUCUGUCGGCACGUCGCAGGAAGAGCGGGACCGCAAUGUGUUGCGUCUCGCUCCAGAAAAGAAGGCAUGGAUGCCUCCUAAAUCUGUCAUGGAUCACUUGUCGGCGACGACGAGUGAUCGUUAUCGAGCACGAUUGUUCGAUUCGUCGAGGAUCCAUCACCUUGACCCCAGCGCGAAAGACUAUCGCGCUGAACAUGAAAUCUUCAUCGAUGCUUUCUUCAGACAUCGAUGGCACAGUGGGAAUCACAAACGUGAUGGUCCCUCACUACUUCAGGCGUGGAACGCCUACAUCCAUAACCUCGAGGAUGUAGGUCGUGACGCUUGGAACGACAAACUUAUCAAAGCUCGUGAUAAGUUUGAAAAGCGAACCCCGACAGGUGCACGCUAUAAGCUGCAUCGUCUGUCAAGGGAGAAAGGAUUACCCUGCCUCUCUUGGGGGACUCGUGCCCAUGUUGUGUGA